GCUCAUUCGGAAUUGUUCGACCGACGGAGAAGACCGACGCAGCACCGCUUCCUCGCGGUGGAUCUUUCAGCGCCCGUCGUCAUCUGGAUCAUUUAAGUACAUCCCAAUGCAAGCUUUCCAGUGCCAACAACCCCAGUGGAAGGAAGUUUCGUCCCCCCGCGCUGCUGCGAUCUCAAGUUCCGAGCAAAAUGCAACAUCCACGACGAUUCAACCACCACGUCCGCAUAUUGUAAUCCCCAAGGAGUGCGUGAACAUGAUGUCCAAGACGAGUCCGUUGUCCGUGCAUGCCCUGCACUCUGGAACUGCAUUGGAGUGUGAACUGUCCAACAUGGGAUACGAUGUCGCGGCGGAGUUUUUGUUUUGGAAGGAAGAGAACCUGGCGUUGUUAGAAAUGUCGUUUCCCGCGAUGGACCGAGAUAUCCUGGAAGAAGUGCUCGUGGAGACUGAAUUUGACCUCGGCGCGGCCGUCGAUGUCAUUCGAUCACGGGUGGACGUGAUCAACGACAUGGGGGUCGAAGUGUCGUUGGACGAUAUGCUGCAACAUUAUGGCGAGCACCGGCGAUCGGCGCACGAAUGGGUUUUGAUUCAAGACGAUUGGGAGAUUAUCGACAACAUGUUGGCGACUACGACGUUCCAGUCGGCGACGUUUGAAACCCGUUGACAGCGCGAAGUGUCCUUCCACCUGCAUGUGCUGCGUUCUGUGCUGUAUUUAACAAUUCACUUAUAAACACCAUAUUUACUGUCUCCA